AUGUAUUUUCUGUUGCUGAGCCUACUGGCAGUUGGAGCGCUAGCUCAGAAUGUCACGCCUUCAAACCCCUUUGCCAACUGCACACUAACUGUUGACAUGGUAAACCAGGCCAUCAAAAGGAUUGAAGCUGAUAGACAGUAUUUCCCUGAUUACGUUGCCGAUCCGAUCAUAAAUGCUACGGAACAGGAGAAAGAAGAGUUUGUCAAGUUCGUCAACGAUUUAAUGAGCGGAAAAUUCGCAGGUACCCCUGUGAACGAUGUAGAACAAUUCCUGCAACUUAUCCAAAGAGAAAGCGCCCUCUAUCUACGCGAAAGGGCUUGCCAUGCAUAA